AUGACAAUUGAACAACUAAAAAGUCAACUCCCCAACAACUGUCAACCUGUUUCCCUAAAUUUGCUGAAUAAAAACCCUAAAAUCAAUAGUGCAUUUAUGUCCUUCUCCUCUAUUGAUGUGGCUAAGCAAGCUCACCAAAUUUUCAGUUCUUUAACUGUGGAAGGUCAACUGUUCAAAGCUAACUUCGCUAAAGACCAACAGCCUCGAGCUGGUCCUGAUGGUUCCGUAAGAGUCGCAGUUUCAAAUUGGGAUGGUCAUCCGAACCAGUUGCGUAAGCUAUUCCCGACAUGUUUAGACGUUCAGUGGAUUCAGAAAAAACGAAAGGCAUUUCUUAAAUUUCCUUCCUUGGAAGUCCGAAAGGCUGCUGUCUCACAGCCAAAGUUCCAUGCCGGUAAACAGCUGAAACUGGCAUUAACAGGAGGACCAGAGCUCAAGACUGCAAUCGUUUGGGGUUUUCCAGCUGAUACGAAAGAAUCAGACAUCAAAGGAUUAUUUGGUGGCGUCGUUUCAGUGUCACGGGAUACAACUACAGGGAACCAGAGCGCAUCCAUGACUGUCGAGUUUGAAACCGCUGCAGAUUGUAACAAUGCAAUUUCCUCAAACGCAACUCUGAAAGGUCGCCGCGUGACAAUAUUUUUAAAAGAUGUCUAUGUUGAUGAUUGUGCUAACAAUCAACAGAAGCAUUCUGGACCAUCUGAGAAGAAAGCUAAACCUGUAGAAGUAGGUGUUUCGAAGGUCAAGGCUGCUCACAAAGUUUCAAAGGCAGAGGAAGUCAAUGACGCAGAUGACAUUGAGGAUGAGAAUGACGACGAAGAGGACGAAGGUACAAGUGAAGAUGGCGACGACAGUGACGAAGACGAUGAAAGUGAAGAUGAAAGCGAGGAAGAAGAGGACGGAAGUGAAGACGAAAGUGACGAGGACGUUGAUAUGGUCUCACCUAAAGGCAAGGAGAAGAAGCAGUUUCCUGGCUUACACGACAAAAAAACUGGUGGAUUUCCGAAAGCAGACAACCGUUCAGGAGAUCAAAGCAACUUCAAAGCGCAGCACAAAUUUGGUGGUGAUUUCAAGCGCAACUCGUUUCGUGGUCGUGGUGGUCGAUCUCGAGGCCGCGGUGGUCAGUCGCCUCACGGUCGUGGUGGCCAAUCUUUCCGUGGUCGUGGUGGUAACCGUGGGGGCUGGUCAAAACGCGGUGGUUCUGAUUAA